UCCGAGUCACAUUUCAUGCUGUAAGAACCCUGGUGAUUGGCGCAUUACUGACUGUUGAAGCCCAGAAACAUGCCUAUCCUCGGAUUACCGCCAUCGCUAUACCCAACGAAACCGGCUCACUUUGACAUCGAGAAAGUGAUCCGACCAAACAUCCUUUCACUUCACCCUUACCGAUGCGCUCGUGACGAUUACUCUGAAGGCAUUUUGCUUGAUGCGAAUGAGAAUGCAUUAGGUCAUUCCAUACCUUCUCCGAGCAAGCAGGACACCGGAUCAACAUUGGAACCUGAAUUAGAGCAUACCUUAGACCUUGAUCUCCACCGUUACCCUUCGCCGACUCAUGAUCCAAUAAAGUCAAGAAUUGCCGAGCUCAGAAACCUCCCUGGACCAGAAUAUGCUUUCCUGGGUGUUGGAUCAGACGAAGUCAUUGACCUUCUUAUGCGUAUAUGUGUCGCGCCUGGCAAGGAAAAGAUUCUAACGACACCGCCAACGUAUGGGAUGUACGCAGUCUGUGCACAAGUGAAUGACGUCGGUGUUGUCAAGUGUCCAUUAGAGCUGACUGGAGCUUUUGGUGAGGGAGGAGAAAAAGGUCGAUUUUCCGUGCGGUUAGAGGAGAUGAAGAAAGCAAUUGGUGCCGAUCCUUCAAUCAAGUUGAUCUUCCUAUGUUCGCCUGGAAAUCCUACGGGCACGCUCAUCCCUCUUCGGACUGUUCGCGAGCUGCUUGAGUAUGAGAACUUCAAGGGUGUAGUCGUCGUUGACGAGGCAUACAUUGAUUUCGCUGAGGAAGGUGCCAGCGCCGCCUCGUUGGUCCACGAAUACGCCAACUUGUGCGUCAUGCAGACAUUGAGUAAAAGCUUCGGAUUGGCAGCCAUCAGACUGGGGAUUGCGAUUGCCCACCCUGCAUUAAUCCAAAUUCUCAUGAACACCAAGGCACCCUAUAAUAUAUCCACGCCGACUGCCUCGCUGGCGUUGUCCGCCCUGUCACCGCCCGCAGUAGUGUCAAUGCGAGAGAAGGUAGCGAAGCUGGUCGCUUCUCGGCAAUCGCUGCUCAAGGGGCUUGCUGCGCUUCAGCUACUAGGCCUGGGGUCCGCUAUCGGAGGUAACGAUGCCAACUUCGUCUUAGUACCUAUUCUGGAGAAAAAUGGUAGUGGAAAGCCCGACAACGUUCGUGCUCAGCAGAUCUACAAGACACUCGCCGAAGAACAUGGUGUCGUGGUGAGGUACCGAGGGGGUGAACCUGGCUGUACUGGCUGCGUAAGGAUUACUGUGGGGACCGAGGAAGAGAACGAGGUACUACUACGGAAACUGCGGGAACUGCUAGAAUUACUCUAGAUGUCGUUCUGAGCGAAUAAACGUGUACAAACCAUACAGCUGUGCUGUCCGAUUGCUGAGAAAUGUAUAUUAGGCGCCCAUUAUAACAUCUCUUCGCCACAUCCACCCACCCCAUAUAUACCUGUUUCAUACUUUCUAAGCCAACGUGCUUAUUCCACUCCUUUCUUAUAUUCUUGUUUUGAACUGUCUGCAUAAUAUUCUUCGAUUUGAUAUCCUUGCAUCAUGUU